GUCGUGAAUUCGAUUGACAAGCCAGGUAUGCAGUUACAUAUAUAGAGGAUAAAUAAAGCUGGAUUAUGGAUGAGGAUUCCGAUGUGGAUAAAGACAUGGAUAAUUCCCUCGUGGAUUUACACCUCGGAUUAGACUCGAGUUAUGACGAGAACGGAGGCGACACUUUGAGGAAUGACACACUCACCGACGAGGAUGCGGCUAAUCUGGCAGGAGACAAAGAAACUCUGGCUGACGAACAACUAAUUAUGUUGCAGGACAUGGUCCUGGAGAUGAAGAAAAGCUUCCAGGCUGCCCUGCAGGAGCUGGGCAAGAUCCAGGACAAGGAGGAGGGCGAGGCGAGCAACAGCAAACAGCUGCAGCAGCAACAGCAGAAACAGCUGGACGAUCUGACGGCCAGUAUACAUUACAUAAAGGACCAACUGAGUUCAUUAGCACAGAAUGUUGAACAAAUCCAAGUCCAGCAGCGCGUCAUCCAGGACGAGCUUGAGGUGGUUAAAUCAACGAGGGCCAGCUCACAAGACACGAAAUCUCGCAGUGAUUCUGAGAGACGAGAAUUGCUGGAAGACCUACCUGCCCCACCAGAAGAGUGGAACAACAAACUCUCAGAUUUAUCUUCACCUGACGAAUACAAUAUAACAGAUGCUGUUCCCAAUGACAAUGACGUCACUGCCGUGGCCUGUAAAAGCUUAAGCCUGACCCAGGCCCUGGGAGAGAAAUGUCUCAAGUUGAACCAAGCCGUAUCCAGCGACGACGACGUCGACCUGGCGGUCACCAGCAGACGCGUGUCCCACUACACGCCCAAGUCAGGCCUGCUGGUGGGAGAUGACGCCGCUAGCAGACGUCACAGCAUGCCUGGGUCCACGCCUCAGAGUAGACAGAGGGACGUUGUUAAUGCUGCCAAACGCCAGAAAGCUGUGCAGGAGCUGGCCGACUCUGAACGUGACUAUUGCUCCAAACUGUGGUCCCUGCUCCACACGUACUUCACCCCCCUGCAGUCUGGUGGGUUUUUCAGCAACAGGGAGCUGGACGUACUGUUUCCCCCGUACCUGGAGCAGCUGUACGCAGAGCACUGUCACAUCUGCACCGGUCUGCAGGAGAGGCUGGUGCACUGGACGUACAUGGGGACCAUAGCGGAUCUGUUGGCGAGGGUGACGGACUCGUAUAGUGCUGAUUCGUUCCUACAACUGUACCAAGAGUACGCUGAAGACUUGCCCACAGCAGUCACCUGUCUGAGGAGAGCCUUGAUACAGUCAGCUGAGUUCAAAGAUUUUCUCAAGGCAAUUAAGCACAGCAGUUGCCAAAGUGAAGAACUAAUGUCUCUAAUCAUGGCGCCAGUUCAACAUGUGCCCAGAUUUCUUCUCCAACUUCAGCAAGUUGUGCGCCACACACCACCAGCACACCCAGACUACCCGCUGCUACAAACCUCACUACAACGGCUGCGGGGGUUUGUUGACCAGUUGAACAAAGACGUGUCCAGUGCCAUGCAGACCUUGUCCCAGGACCACAUACUCAGGGUGAACAUUGACAGCGGUCAGAUGCUGAGCACAAGGGACAGUGGGGUCCAUUCAAACUCCACAGAAGAGGACAACAUAACAUCGGCCAGAGCUUUCUCUAAAACUGACCACAGUCAAGUCUUGCCUGAAUGGUUGGACAGACCUUACGGCAGUCACCUCCAUCAGUCAGAUGACUUUGGGAGACAUGAUCUUGUCAGGCCGCUGACCACCCGCCAGAGUGCCCUGAGUCAGCCUGACCUGACCACCAUGAAUGGUUUCUCUCCAGAGUCCCAGCUGGCCAGUUAUUUGCCACGGAGCCAGUCCACACUUCCUACCAAUGGAAGCGAGGGGAUUCUCAGAGAAAGAUCAUACAAGCAUUUUAAAGUCAAGAAAAGACACCUGUCCCCCGCCGGCCGCACCCAGUCCCAGGACUACCUCCUCGGCUCCCACUCCCCGCGCAUGCGCCCGUCUUCAGCCAUCGACUUCAUCACCCACUCCCAGCAGCAGCAGCAGUACCUCCACCACAGGGAGCUACAACAGCGGCCGUACCAGUACCCCGGUCCACUGCCACGUCCACACUCAGCUUUUGGGCCAAACGCGCUGGAAGCCCAGCACAGGCCAACCAUCAUCAGUAGGAAGCAUCUCAGGAGGUCACAGCCUCUUAUAUCUGGAAAUAAAUCUUUCUGGCCUGAGUCAGCAAUGCAAUCCCGAACUGGGCACGCCAGGGGACCACUCUCUGCCCACGACUUGCUGCCCACGCGUCCUUCCAUGUACCCUUCAUCUGCCCUCAUCGAUGAUGCAGACGACGAGGAAGAUGACACCCGCACCAGUGACACACAUUCUCUGGGCACCAGCGGCUCGCACCAGCACAGCAGCAGCCGCUGUUCUAACGAUGGUCAGGACCUUGACCUUGAUAUCAUUCAAGCCAGCUUCGACAGUCACGGGUUGCGAAUCCACAGGCACUCGCAGGAUAUAAACAGGCCGGUAGAAUUCAGCGCUGCCGACGUCACUGCCAGUCUGGCUAAAAAACUGUACACAUCAAAUCAAGGGAACGGCAUGCUGAAACCUAUUCCUUUAGGGGAAAAUUUACCCCAGGAUGUGCCGAAGCCGUUAAGUCCACUAGACGAGGACCCGAGUUCCAGUUCACAGCUGAUGGUAUCAAGUAAUUCAACAACAUGCGACUUGCUAGUCAUGAAUGAGCAGGUAACUCAGCCAGACCAGAGUGGAGUUGUCGUCCACAACACUCCUGAAAUAUUAGCGGCAAUCAGUGACGUCACUAACACUGACGGAAACUGUAAUGUUGUCCAGAUGGCUGCUAAACCACAAGAAUCUAAUCUGUCGGGUCCAAAAGUUUUUCAGAUCGACAAGGCCAAGAUUAAUUUUGUCCAGCCGUCGUCGUCUGAUGCAACGAGAAAUGAGAAGGAAGUUGUUUCACAGCAAGACUCGAGACACGAAGGCCAGGACUUGUCUGAGAAAAACAGGCAGUUCUUGUUGUCUUUGGCCUCGGUGGCGCCCGGGGAGAACAGCGCUAGGAACAGCAUGAGGAAAAGUGCCUCGGAUGUCAACACAAACCCCGAAACAAACAGAAAUUCUCCCAGCAUUAAAACAGCACCACUGCCUCCUCCCCGCACAACAAAAACAUUAAGUGGGUUUCUGGAAUCUUCGGUUCAUUUAAACGGCACAGGAACACCCAAAAGUAGCGUGGCGCCAUCUUCCUACGCUGCAAACAGAUUGUCACAGCCGCUUCCGUUAAGGUUAAGUAAAACUGACAGCUCGUCUACUGCAGCUGAUGCACCCAAGGUCUCACCAGCUAACAAGUAUCAAAGAGCCAUCUCGCACUCAGCAACGGUGCACGGCUUAAGCCAGCCAAAGUCCCCAGUCUACUCUCAAGACAGUGUGACCAGGAGCAUCAGCACCUUCUCCGCCCCCGCUGACAACUCCCAUUUCAACAGCAGAAACAAUCCUUUUUUCUCAUCAUCCAACCUGGCAGCUCACACUAAAAUGCCAGGGGACUCUGGCCAUUCUGAGGCCAAACAAAGCCAAAAUAGUGAUCGCAUUGACACUUACACGGAUAAGAAUGAUUUCCCAGUGUAUUACGAUGAUGGGAAAAGAGACGAGAGGAAAAAGUCUAAAGAUGGCGGGAGAUUUAACCCAUCACAUGACCUUCCUAAAGCUAGCGACGACCCAGUUGGUGCAAGGAAGAAAAUGCAUUUAAAAGCAUCUAUAAAAAACCUUUUCACCAAAAAGAAAGGGAGAGUCAUCUUGGCUGAUGUAGAGAGAGAAGUUGUGAUGGAGAUGGCAGCCGCAGCCACCACCGCCGCAUCCACCACAACACUGUCCACCAUGACAGCUUCAUCAUCACCACCAGCCAACAUGCCCCGCAACCUCAAAGGUAACGAUGGCUGUCCUAAAGACGAUGUUACAGACGGCCUCGCUUUUGAAAUCAAGACACGCCGGGACCAAGGCAACAGCACCUACAGCCCUGUUAAAGUCUCGAAGCUGUUUCACAGACAGAUGAAGAAUAAAGCAAGGCAGGUAUCACAUAGUAAGGACUGCCGUGAGCUGAGUAGUGAAGAAUUUCAACAUUUCCAGGACAGCCUGGAGAAGUCUUCAACUUCAGGGAUGGAGAUUAAACCUGUGGAUCACAGCAACAAAAAUGGUGAACAUUCAACUUCUAACAGUAAUGGUCUAGCUUCAGCAGCUAGUUUGGAUAUUUUGAACACUUCAAAUCAGAAGAGCUUCUUAGAGAAAAAUGGCAGGGGAACUCAUUCACCAGGAGUGGAGAACAAAGAAAUCGAUAAAAAACUGGAGACGCGUUCAGGAAAUGUUGUAAAUAACUGCAGGUCUGAUUUGAGUAAAGUCAAUAUUUCUAUGAAAGAGAAUGAACGCUUUCUUACAAAUUCACAACCGUUAUUCAAACAAGUGAUGAGCAAAUCAGAAAAUGAUAGUUUUAGUAAUGGGAGUCUUGAAGAAUCGUCAACUUUAUUUGUGAGGAAGUUCAUGAAGGAUAAGUUAUGCCACCAUCGUCACAGUGUGGGGGAGCCCAAUCAACACCCGCCCCAUACAACUAAACCUUUGGCUUUGUGUUACAAGUGUCAGAUGUGCAGGAAAGAAACCCUCAAAUCAGGCUGCGCCAGUGACAGUGAGGUCGCUGUGGGUUUGCGGACCAGCCUUGACCUUGGCAACUGGAGGGUUGUGGGAUGUCGCUGCGGUGAGUUGUGUAAGGAGGAGUGCGAGGGGGAGGUGGUGUUGUCUAAAGGAGAAUCCCAACACAAGGCCAUCCUACAGAACCUGGACGACGACCAGAAGAAAGCCCUACUGACAGAGAAAGUCAUCCCAUGCCCCAACACAGACCCAGACGGCUACAACGUUUUGGAUUCUCUAAAACCCUGUUCAGAUGCUAUAUUUCUGUUUGAGUCCAACAGUAAAAAAUCCUCACCCAGCUCUCCCGCUGAUGGAAAUAAAAAACUAGACAAACAGUCCCAGUUGCGAGGAAGUCUGAUGAACUUUGACCAAAACCAUCCUUAUAAACAGCAGCAUAAUUUUAUUUCCCACAAGAAAAAUUGUAAGAAAAGUAUGAAGUCGUCACCACCGACAGACCAUCACAGUUCAUCAAGUCAAGUAAAUAAGAGUUAUAAUGAUGUACUAAAAACACACGCAAAUUCAGAAAAUAAACUUUCUAAAAGUUUUUUAAAGCUUUUCCCAUCAGCUUCCAACAAAAGGCCUGACCCUAACCAAGCCAGUGACCAAUCUAAAUAUGAUGGUAAACAAACUGCAAGCAGUCCCAGCAGUCAAAUUUUGAACAUCUCCCAAACCUCUUGUUCUUCAGAUCAGAGCUCUGAUUCUUGUAAAGAUAAAAAUAAAAGUUUUACUUCUUGGGAUAACUCCGGCAUUUUGUAUACUGGGGAGAAUUUUGACAUGCCUGUAAGAAAAGAAAAGACCAAAGCUAACAGAUUUUUUAUCAAGCCAAGAAACCAAAUUGUGCUUGAAAACAAAGAUAUGGAUAAAAUGGCAUCUGCAUCACCAGCUUAUGUUCUAGAAGACAAAGACUUUGAGCACCGUUACAGGUUGUAUUAUGAUGAUGAGGCUAAAGUCAGCCUCAAUCUGAAGAGGUCUGAACCAGAACGAGGCAACUGCCUGCUGUCUAUGAGAACACCGUCGUGUGACAGCGUGGAUGGCAACCAACCCUACCUCAUGAUGCAACCCAACAUGGCCGUUAUAACACUGUCUUCAAAAGACGACUCGGACAAGAGGAGACAAUUUCCACAGAGUAACACAGUCGCCCAGUGUUUCAUCUCUGGUGUGGGAUCUAAACCAAGCCAGGCAUCAGGCGAUAGAGGACAUUUAAAUUCAUUCGGCACACAUUUUGGUGAAGCAAAAUCUGGGUUUUUAAAAAGUGGCGCCCAAUCUGGUCAAGCAAUGUUUACUGGUGCGCAGUCAGAAAACAAAAGUAGGGACAACUGUGAAAGAAAUAUCCCAGAAUGCACUAGAAGAAAUGAUUUUAGACAGCAAUCCGUGUCAUCACCCAGCCCGUGUGAUGUUCAAAAUUUAACAUCCAGCUACGUCAACAGCCAGGGAAAUUCUCCAACUAAUUCAGCAAGUCAAGGUAGGGUGAGCAGCACAGCCAUGAAGUUAGAUAGUUUGAAGCACCAGGAGACCUCAGUCAAAUGCCCAGCAUCUUCUUCUUCUUGCAACGAUGGGGCUUAUGAUGAGAGCAGCAGCUACAAGCCUAAGAAGUCUUACAUGCCUGGAUGCAACGUGGGGUCAAGUUCUGGGGAGACUCAGCUCAAGGCCACCUCCCUGGAAGGUGAAAGGUCACAGAAAAACAUGACCACUUUCCAUCAAGUUCAACCUAAUCAGCUGACCAGCAAAAACACACAAAGCACUGAAAUUUCUUGUACUCCAAUGCUUAACAUACACAAAAACUGCAAUUUUCCAACAGUGAAUGGUCACAGUUUUAACGGACAACAGAUGCGACCAGGAUCAUACCCAAGUAGAACUAGCAAUGACAUGUUGGCCGAGCCAGCAAGACACAAAGACCCCAGAACAAGUUCCCCCAUGGACUUUUUCUCCAUCCUCCCAUACAACGAUUACACCUUAGCUAACAAAAGCUCAGACAGUGGAACUUUGGUGCCCUCGGAAUCAGAUAGCCAAGGGACUCUAAAGAACGAACAGGUUGUGUUGAGAGCUGCCCCGGAGAAGAGAAGCCGGAACAAGGUCCUGGUGAACAUCAACAAGCCAAGGAAGGCGGACUGCAGGGAGAGCCCGACCUCCACGACCAUCAUUGAAACCUUCAAUGGAGCUGAGCCCUAUCCGAACAAGCACAGCAGGAAAUCCAAGCAGGAUGGAGUUAUUUUGAGAACCCCUGACCACAAGACGUUUCAGCCGCAGUGCACUAGGAAUGAGGACGAGGCUGCAGUGGGUGGUACUUUUGAUCCGGCGUAUGUGCCGUACUUUCCAAGCCGGCCGCUGUCGCAUCCGCAUGUGGAUAAUAAUCACCGGCACCACGGUAGAAAGGAAUCCAGGCACAUGUCGUACCAUGAGCAUAUCCGAAAAUCCCCUAAUCCGUUAGGGAUUGAUUCGACUUUUAUUCCCGGAUCCCACAGAAGAAGCGAACUGCAUCCAGCUAGAAACAGCUGUGAUGCUAGCUCAACCCGCCAGUCUCCUUCAUCCAUUAGCUUAAGCUCCAAUGGGUGUCGCUAUGGUAACUCGCCAAGCUGCUCUGAAUCACCGCAUGACCAAGUCCCCCACCCCACUCCAGACUUACUUCCCCUGACCACCAGCAAGGAGAGUCCGCCAUCAGCAAGCAAAGAGCCAUCGGUCAAGAAAGUGCUGAACAAGGAACUUGCAGUGAGACUGAUUAAAAAGUUUAAUGAGCACAUUGUAAAGGUACAAAUCAAAAGGUCUAGUGAGGACCUUGUAAAGAGACAAAUUAACAAGUCAAAUGAGGACCUUGCGUAG